AUGGCCAAAUCGGCAUAUAGGUUGGUAGGAUCCACUGUCCCUCUUCUGGUCGACCAUGGAGACCAGGCGCAGAAAUCAAUGACUAGCGUAACGCGUUUCACAACGCGUCAAUCGAGGCCAAGGAAGCACGCAAGCUAUGGUGUCACGUCUGCAUGGGCCGGAUCGCGGUGCGACGAUGGUCCCCAGCGUAGUGGGGCGUGCGUGCAUUGCUGCCUUAUCAGAUCGAAAUUAUCAGAUGGAGUUGAUCCGAGUGAUCCGAGAUGCAGCCGAGGCAUUAUGCGCGUGCAUAACUUACGCGCCUCGCGUUUUGGGAGCUCGAUGAUCGGCCUUUUGAUUCUGAAGAAAAGCAGUUUGAAUCGAAGUCAACCUGGCUCCAUGUACCACGAUCGACGGUUCACGCGUCUCGGACAACAUUUCCAAGCAAGGCGGAGAUCUGAUUCAGCCGCCUGGAUGCAAUUGGAACUUGGCGCAGGACAAAUACCUGCCUCUUCCUGCGCGGGGUGGCUUGUUGUUGUGGGUCUUGGGGCCACUCAGAGCGCGUUCUGCUUCAAACGCGUGCGCUCAGGCGCCCGUCGCGUCUAA